GGGGGCGUGUAGCGGGCCCGCCCCGCCCCGCGGCUCCCCUUAAAGGGGCCGCGCGGCGCCGGCGCGGCGGGCGGAGGGCCGGAGGCGCGGGCGCACCAUGUACACCAUCACCAAGGGGCCCAGCAAGCUGGUGGCGCAGCGUCGCACCGGUCCCUCGCAGCAGCAGGUGGACAGCAGACUCGGCGAGCUCCUGAAGGGCCGGCAGCCCGCGCCGCCCGCCGCGCCGCCCCCGCGGCCGCCGCCGGGCCCCUGGCCCCUGUCCAGUUCAGGGCCGAGGCUCGUGUUCAACCGGGUGAAUGGGCGGCGGCCCCCUGCCAUGUCCCCCUCCCUGGAGGGGGCCCAGGAGCCGUACACGCUGGCCCACGAGGAGAACGUCCGCUUUGUGUCUGAAGCCUGGCAGCAGGUGGAGGAGCAGCUGGGCACUGGCUCGGCUGGUGAGAGCGGUCUGAGGCCAGUGCAGUAUGUGGAACGGACCCCCAACCCCCGGCUGCAGGGCUUCGUGCCCAUAGACCUGGACGAGUGGUGGGCACAGCAGUUCCUGGCACGGGUCACCAACUGCUCUUAGCCACUGCUGGAACGAAAGAAGGAUGCCAGGAAGCAGGCCACUGUUCGGGGCUGCCCUGCCCGCAGGCAGAGGAGUGCAGCACCCACACCAUGCGGGCUACACCACAGGGACCUGCUGCGCCCGGCCUCGUGGGUGCUGCCGAGCCACCCCUGGAGGACCAGGGUCCGAAGCACCUGGAACUCCGUUGUUGCCGACCUCUGACCUCACCGUGCCAGUUGCCAAGGGUCAGGGCGGACCUGCUGACCUCAUUCCUGCUCACGGUGCCCUGAGAUCAGUCCUUGGGCUGGUAGUGAGAACCUCCAAGCUAAUAAAGCUGAGAAACUGCC